GUAGGUACGUUCACUUUAUGGCGGUUGGUGCAUCUUGUGACUUAUUGUAAUAAGGUACACCGUAUGUUCAUCCCGCACUAUGUUGCAACCAGUAUAUUAGAAUAAAUAUAUAAGAGAAGUGUUUGCAGACGUAAUCAGCUCACACCAAAAGUGUUGUUUGAAGGAAGCAGUUGUUAGGCACAAACAAUUGAAAUAUGAAGUUGUUCCUGGUUCUCGUUUUUGUUGCCGUCGGCGCGGCCGCACCUCAGAAUCCUCAGGAUGUCCAGAUUCUUCGUUACGAUAUUGAUAAUACCGGACUGGAAGCGUAUAGUUAUGCGGUGGAGUUAUCAGACGGUACUAAGCAAGAAGAACAAGGUCAGUUGAAGAAUCAGGGAACUGAAAAUGAGAGCAUUUCUGUUCAGGGCCAGUACUCUUGGGUUGGACCUGAUGGAGUAGUGUAUACAGUGUCUUAUAUAGCUGACGAAAACGGAUUUCAACCAAGAAUUGAACAAGGACCUGGCGGUAGCAUCCCUAGUGGAGUUAUAGCGUCUUUUCUUGGAUAAUAACGUCAUAUAAAUUUUCUUGACAGAAAAUAUUAAGUGUUAAUAGAAUAAAUAAUAUGAUGAAACUGUAUAUAAUAUUUAUAUACUAAUUCAUUAAAAGAAAAAAACUU